UAUUUUGACAAGCGGCGUGUGUGGAACGCAAUGCGCACUGCUUUCGUCUGCUUUCAAAUUUCGUUAUUAAUUUCGUUUACCUUUUGUGCGUACGCGACGAGUCCAAUCAGACUGAAUCACACACACACAAACAACUACCGUUGCCUACAAAUGUGUGGCGUAUGCCUGUCUAUUUUUUUUUAAAUCUUUGUGUGCGAGUGUGUUGAGCUGUUGAGUUGCUUGCAAAAUAAUAACGACUGAAAAAAGGAACUCGGAAGCAGCAGCAUUAAAGGUCAAAACCACCUCUGCCGCGGCAAUUGCGUGCUGCAUUCUCUGUCAACAGCAGCAGAUAUGGCUCAGUGCUGUGAUACAACAACAAAAAUGUCCUCGUGUUUUGGCAACACUGCCAGGCAAGCAGCGAUGCCGGCGUCCACAUUGCUACCGCCUGCAACAACAACAACAACAAUAGCAACAGCAGUAGCAACAACAACUGCAGCAGCAGCAGCAAACCAGCAGCAGCACAACAACAAGAACAACAACGACCAUUCAAAACAAUUACUUUACAUUACAGCUAGCCAAAGCAACAAUAACAACAGCAGCAGCAGCAACAACAACAACAACAAUUGCUUGUUGAUCAGCAGCAACCAGAAGACAGACCAGGACUUUACUACUGAGGGCAACCUAGACUUAUUAUCAACAACACCAACAACAACAAAUCAGCAGCAGCAGCAGCUAUUACUAAACAACAACAACAACGAUAAGGACAGUUUUAAACAACAAAUUAAGUGUGCAUCUUCUAAUCAAGCUGAGCAGCAAUUAAUUGAUGAGGACAACCCUGGCUUAUUAUUACCCGCAACACCAACAACUGACCAAUCGUUGCCAACACUUGAUAAAGAACUAACAACAACAACAAAAACUAACGCAUCAUCAUCGUCAUCAGCAACAAAUCCCCCGUCCCAGGAUCCCUCCAAACCGUACAGCUCGCUGAAUCCAACACAAACCAGCACCUCUAAUUUCUCCAAUUCCAACUCUACCUCGUCCAAUUCCAACUCCACCUCGUCCAAUUCCGAGCAAGCGAACACAAGCGAAAAGUUCUGCCGCUGCUGUUGUCAGCAAGAGUUGCAAGUGGAACGCGAACAAAGUGAGCGACACGCCGCAAUUGUCGCCGCAUCCGCGUUGCUAGCCAAGCAACUGGUUCUAACCAGUAUCAUGGACAUGCCCUAUAACACCUCGCCGUCGCUACGCGUGCGCACCACCUCGCUGAAUCAGCUGAAGAAGACGGCCGAUCUGGCAAUUGAGAAUGAGCUGCAUGUGUGUCCAUCUGUGAUGUCCGAGGAGUUGCGCAAAUUAUUGCCACCCACAUCGGAGACGGUGAUGACGAAACCGUUCCCCAUACGGGGCGAACGGACAAUCGCUGACUGUACAACGCCUCAUGUGAUUGCGAUGGUCGGUUUGCCGGCGCGUGGCAAGACCUUCAUAUCGAAGAAGCUGGCACGGUAUCUGAAUUGGAUUGGGAUUGCGACACGUGUGUUCAAUUUGGGCGAGUAUCGGCGGCAUGCGACCACCGCGUACAAGUCGCACGAGUUCUUUCGCGCCGACAACGAGGAGGCAAUGGCCAUACGGAAUCGCUGCGCCAAUCAGGCACUCCACGAUUCCUGCGAAUGGCUGCUGAGCGGUUUGGGUAGCAUUGCGGUAUUCGAUGCGACCAACUCGACCCACGAUCGUCGCCAGCUAAUCUAUGAUAUUGUUGUUAAGAAGCAUGGCUUUCGUUUGUUCUUUGUCGAAUCGAUAUGCGAUGAUCCGCAGAUUAUCGAGCAGAACAUACUCGAGGUGAAGGUCAGCUCACCGGACUACGUUAACAUGAAUACGGAAUUGGUUGUUCGCGACUUUCUGCAACGCAUCGAACACUACGAGGAACGUUAUCAGCCCAUUGAUGAGGUCGCCGAAUCUCAUCUGAGCUUCAUGAAGGUCUACAAUGCCGGCAAAAAGGUUGUCGUCUACAACAAUGAGGGUCACGUGGAGUCGCGCAUUGUGUACUACCUGAUGAACAUACACAUUACGCCGCGCACCAUCUACUUGACCCGACACGGCGAAUCCGAGCACAAUUUGAGUGGUCUCAUCGGUGGCGAUUCGAAUUUGAGUGCACGUGGUCAUCAAUAUGCACGCGCCCUGUCCUCCUUUAUUGGUCAGCAGCAGAUUGGUGGACUACGCGUUUGGACGUCGUGGAUGAAGCGGGCUAUUCAAACGGUGGCGGAUGUUAAGGCGCCUCAGGAGCGCUGGAAGGCACUCAACGAAAUCGAUGCCGGCCAUUGCGAGGAGAUGACCUAUGAGCAGAUCAAGGAACGUUAUCCCGAGGAGUUUAAGGCGCGUGAUGUGAACAAGUUUGCGUAUCGCUAUCCGCGAGGCGAAAGCUAUGAGGAUCUGGUGGCACGGCUCGAGCCAGUCAUCAUGGAACUGGAACGACAGGGCAAUGUGCUUGUUGUCUCCCAUCAGGCCGUGUUGCGUUGUCUGUUUGCCUACUUUCUCGACAAAUCCGCCGAUGAGCUGCCCUAUUUGUAUGUUCCACUGCAUACGGUGAUCAAGCUGACACCGGUCGCCUACGGUUGCAAGGUGGAGCACAUUAAGCUACCCAUCGAUGCGGUCGAUACGCAUCGUCCCAAGCCAAAAAUACCCGGCGAUGUUAGCGAGCCAGGAUUGGAUGGCCUCAGCGGUGAGCUGGUGGCGCCCGAUGGCGUCGGCAAGGUGCUAAUUGUGGGUGACGAUUUUGCAACGGCAACCAAUGGCAACGGCGGUCGUGUCGACACCCAAUGACGAUAUCGUCCCCUACCCAAAACAGCAUCCAAAUCGAAGACAUUAUAAAAGGCAAUACUCCCCAAUCCCCCCCGCCCUAUCGUCAGCCAGUCAGCCACCUGCAUUGCAUGGCAAUAGAACAACAAUAAACAUAAUAAUAACAAUAAUAAUAAUAUAUACAGACACUCACAGCGCAGGCGUUGUCGAAAUCGAAACAAUUACUGUUGACGGACAGAAUGAAAUGAAAAGUGACUGCAAAAAGUAAACGGUAAACGAACGCAGCUGUUGCUGUUAAUUUGGCAACAGCAGCUGUACUAGGAAUUAGAGUUAAAAUUUACAGCGAAAAUGAUGAAACUGUUACUGUUAACAGUUGGCGUCAAUUGGAACUGUAGCAUUACCCUAAUAUGGAAUAUAACGCGAAAUCAAGUGCAAUGCCAACACAUCAUUUAACUUGAUUAUGAGGAAUAUAUAUACACAAUACGCUCACCCGGCAAAACAGUUAUUUUGCUGAUACACAUUGAUUGUAACAUUGUUACAGCAGACAUUGUACUCUGUAAUGCUAAUACACACAUACAAUUUAACAUUUGGCUGUUAACAGCGUUAACAGUCGCAGUGCGCCUUUUGGCCUAUGUUUUACAGAUGUGAAAUGUUUAUUUUUAGUUAAUUUGUACUUAGUUUUUGUCUAUGUUCUUGCUUUUUUGUGAAUUUCUCUGUCUUUGAAAAUUGUGCUAAAUUGUGAUUGGAUAAUACUAUAUGGAAUGACGCUGUUGUUAUAUCAAUGUACUUUUUACUUACAAACAUUUAAAAACAAAAAACAAAAAAAUACAAUUAAAGAAACGAUGAACUUAAAACAAGAACUUCAAAUAAAACGUAGCGUAAAGUAAGACGAACAAUUUUACAUGACUACUACUAUGUGUAAGUUUUAUUAACAUUUAUUCAGAGAUAAAUGUACGUAAGCGUUUUUUUUUUUUUACAAUCAUUGAUGUUUUUUCGAUAAAUAUUUGUAUGAAAUUGCAGCAAUUAAAGCUGUGAAUUAGAUUCUUUGUCUUAUAUUUAAACUUAAGUACAAUUAUAUACCCAGAUUAUAUACUUGGAAGCCAUCACGAUAAAUGAUGAAUGAUAUGCGAGGAACGAUAGCUAACUAACUAUAUAAAGAUAUAUGUAUAUUUUUUCGAGUGUGUUUUUGUCCUUUCAUUUGUCGUCUUUUCGAUGUUGUCGUUUAUACAAGCUUUAGCCCCACUUCCCCAUAUUGAACUAAUUGAAUUUGAUGCGCUUACAAAAUCGAAAAAUCUAUCUUUCUAUAUACACCACUAUACAAACAUAUACAA